UAAAUAUCAUCUUGUCUAGCUGCUACAAACCCAACCCAACUCAUAGAAAAUCAAAAACAUCUCUAUCUCAUAUAUAUACACCCAUUUUCAAUAUUAUGGACAUGUCUUUUGAAGCAUUGAUUUCUAAUCAUCAGAUGGAAAUAGAGAAUGAAGAAGAUUUCUCUGGAACUCGGGUAUUCGACUCAUUUACCUCAGCCGAGUCACUGGAGGUCUGCCGAUUGUUCGGCUUGAAUCCCGAUGAUGGGGACGACAUCAUAACACCGCCACCGCCACCGCCACCGCCACCACCACCACCACCACCGGCGGCGAUUAAUAAUAUCACUCACGGCGCCCGGAGAUCCUUGCCGGAAAAGUCCUCGUCGGCGACACCUAACAGGGUGAUGGCGGAGAGGAAGAGGAGAGAACAGCUUAGCCAACGGUUCAUUUCUCUAGCUUCCCUUAUUCCUGGCCUAAAGAAGAUGGACAAAGCUUCAAUCUUGCAAGAUGCUUUGAAGUAUACGGAAGAAUUAAAUGAAAAAAUAAAAUCAUUGGAAUGUUGUUUAAAGAAAGAAGAAGAAGAAGAAGAGAUGAGUGAUGAAAACAGAUUAGCAGUAGUGCAUCAUCAGCCUAAUAAUUACAUGGAGAUGAGGCUUAAAGAAUCAAAUAAAAAUAUAUUAAUAAGAAUUUACUGUCAAAAUGGAAAAGAGGUCGAUGACAUUGCUUCUAAGCUGCUGAGUUAUCUCAAAACGAUUCAACUCACCAUUCUCAAUACUUGUUUCUUGCCCUUUGGACAGCAUGCUUUCGAUGUCACUAUUCUAGCCAAAAAGAUGGAAAAUCCUAAUCAUGAUAUAUCUAUGCAAGAGCUUGAACAAAAAUUGACUGAAAUUAUUCAGUCUCUCGUUUGAGUUUUGACCACCGUACGUACGUACUUACUCUCUUUUAAGAUGUGGAAGGAAGGAUGAUAUUUUGACCCUUUUUAAUUUAAUUGGGUAAAAUAAAAAAAUGGUCAGAAAUGUAACUGGGUCCGAAUUCAUCAAUUACUACUACUACUAAUAGUAUUAAAGAAAAAAGUAGUCGGUUGUUUUUUAUUAUUAGCUACUAGUAGUAUGUUC